AUGGCUAAAAGCAAGCGUAGUAAGAUUAAGAGGAGCUUUAGGGCUGUCAAAAGGCACAAGGCAAAACCAAAAGCGACUAAUCUUCUUAAGAAGGUUAUAAGUCUACCUAUCGGUGGAACAGGCUUGCCUUACGUCGACGCGUCAAAAGCGGAAUCGAUCGAGCCGCCAAAAAUAGAGGGAAGUCUAACCUUCAUCUUAGCAUGGCUCUUCUUCCUCUUCACGUGGUCAGUCCCACUGAUCAUAACAGAGUACACCCUCGGAAGAUUUACACGCGGCUCUCCGGUCGUGGCAUUCUACAAGUUUCUUGGUAAAAAAUUCAUUUGGGUUGGUGCCUGGGUCACCUCCAUCUCUUUCCUUAUAAGCGCCUAUUUCUCAGUGGUCGUUGGGUGGUGUUUCUACUACUUUUAUGUGGCUUGUGUGUGGCCCCAACUUCCAACCACCGAACCGGAGAGUCGGCAAAUCUUUGACCACUUCACCCGGACGUGCUGGCCCCUCUUGACGCACACGCUCUGCCUCGUGAUUUGCGGGAUCGCCGUGUUCAAAGGUGUCAGGGGCAUCGAAAUAGCCAACAGUUGUCUUGUGCCAGUUCAACUUCUAAUCGUCAUCAUCGUCUUCUAUUGGUCCGUUUUUCGUGAAUACGCCGACGUGGGGAUACGGUUUAUGUUUACUGCCGACUGGUCCACAUUCCUGGACCCACUGAUCUACGUGGAAGCUGCCUGCCAAAACGCCUUCGACACUGCCGCGGGGAUGGGCGUUUUUUCGGCUUAUGCUGCCUACUUCAGCAGGAAAACCGGUGCUGUUCGAUAUGGUGUUUUAUUACCCAUAUUCAAUAAUCUCGUAAGCUUAACAUGUGGUCUGACCAUUUUUGCAACAGUUUUCUCAACCCUCAUCCAAACCUCGCCGACGCUCACCAUACCGCAGAUUGUCGCCCUCAUGAAGGAGAGCGGUCCUGGUAGCACCGGCCUCACGUUCACGUGGAUUCCCGUGCUGAUGUCGAAAUUGGGAGUCAUGGGAAGGAUCUUGUGUGGCCUGUUCUUCCUCUGUCUGUCGUUCGCUGGCGUCAGCUCAAUGAUUGCCUACAUUGAACUUACAGCAAGAACCAUCCAAGACUUUGGUGUGAAACGAAUCUGGGCAACAUCAGCCUCGUUGGUGAUAACAUUUCUGGUGGGCGUCCCUUCGGCCGUCAGCAUCGAAAUACUCACGAAUCAGGACUUUGUGUGGGGAUUCGCACUCAUGAUCUCUGGCCUGUGCUAUUGUGGCCUCGUGAUUCACUACAACCCCCUCCGAUACCGCCAGGUUAUUGUCAACGAGUUUGCCAUUAGCGACUGGCGACUUCCGACGAUCUGGGUCUUCGUAAUGGUUGUAGUUGUUCCUAUUGAAGCGAUUGGUCUUAUUGUUUGGUGGGCCUAUCAGAACAUCACUACUACCGAUUGGUACGUCAUAAAGGUGGAAUCACUGGCAACUACCUUCAUCGAAUGGGCAAUCCUUGCGAUCUUGCUGGCUGGACUAAACCUUGCUUUCUUCAUUUGCAAACUCUCCUUGCUGAAUUCGUCAACUGAAAUCGGCUACGAUCCAUACCGCCCCGAAGAUAUUCCGCCAGCCCUGGAGUACGAAAGGACCCGUGAAAUUCCUAUUUAUCCCAAUGGCUACAUUUCUGACGACAUUGCGACCUUCAAAUCACGUCCUUGA